CUUUGGGGGCACCGAAAAAGCGAAAACGAUAUUUAAAUCGUGUUUAAUGUUCCCCUUGAUCGUAGACCCUUUCUUCUCUACUCUGGUAGAUUCUCAACAAAUCUCCGUUUCCACGGAAAACCCAUCACUAUUCGUCUUUGUGUGGUAGAUUUUUCUGGAAAGUUUGUGUUUCUGAGCUUGCUUUGGUCUCUGCUUUGAAUUUGAUUGAGGGUGAUGAGAGAGUGGUGAGGAAAAAUGUCAGCGAAGGCCUCGCAGGCAAAGCAAAUAGCUGAAGUUGCCAUAGAAUCCAUUGGGCUAGGAUACGAUCUCACAAGUGAUCUCAAGCUCAAAUCCUGCAAGAGAAAUUCUCCUGACCCAAGAUUAAUUGCUAUAGACAAUAACCAAGUUCGGACCAUUGAGCUUCCGAAUGGAAUUUCAGUCUCUAAUGUCCCCAGAUCAAUUAAAUGGGAUAAAGGGGAGCGCAUGAGAUUAUGCUCCGAUGUCCUCUCUUUUCAGCAGAUGUCAGAGCAGUUCAAUCAGGAGUUAUCACUUUCGGGUAAGAUUCCAUCAGGGUAUUUCAACGCAGCAUUUGAAUUAUCAGAUGCUUGGCAGAAAGAAGCUGCAAAUACAAAAAGUCUUGCUUUUGAUGGUGUAUCCAUAACCUUGUACAACAUUGCGUUAGAGAAAACCCAGGCUGUUCUUCGUGAUCAUGUCAAACAGGCUGUCCCGUCAUCAUGGGAUCCGGCUGCAUUGGCAAGGUUCAUUGAGAAGUAUGGCACACAUGUCAUAGUUGGGGUAAAAAUUGGGGGAACUGAUAUAAUAUUUGCAAAGCAGCAAUUCUCAUCUUCUCUGCAACCUGCCGAUGUACAGAAAAAAUUGAAAGAGAUGGCUGACAAGUUCUUUGUAAAUGGUGGUGGACAAUAUUACACGAAUGAUGAAAAAUUUAAUCAGAAAGAGAAGUUUUUGAUAGAGAAUGCGCUAGGUGUGAUGGUUACAUCUAGUUCCUACUACUCUAUUGAGGAGCAGGAUAUUAAGUUCAUGUGCCGAAGGAAAGGUGGGGAUAACAGAAGGAAUUUGACCCACACUGGGUGGUGUCAAACUGUUUCGUUGCGACCUAAUGUGAUCUCAAUGUCAUUUAUACCAAUUACAUCUUUACUUAGUGGAGUUAACGGGAGUGGAUUUUUAACUCAUGCCAUAAACCUCUAUCUCCGCUAUAAACCCCCAAUUGAGGAACUGCAUCAAUUUUUGGAGUUCCAGCUUCCACGGCAAUGGGCUCCGAUCUUUGGUGAGCUUACCCUUGGUCCUGAUAGAAAGCCACAAAGUAUGGCAUCUUUGCAAUUCAGUUUCAUGGGUCCUAAGCUCCACGUAAACACAACACCGGUUGAUGUUGGCGAGAAACCUGUCACUGGUCUUAGACUAUAUUUAGAAGGGAAAAAAGGCAAUCGCCUGGCAAUCCACCUGCAGCAUCUUUCUUCACAGCCACAAACCUUCCAACUCGAAAAUGAUCCGAAGGGGAAUGUCUUGGAUGCGGCAUUGGCACGCAGGUACUUCGAGAAGGUACAGUGGAAGAGUUUCUCUCAUGUAUGCACAGCCCCAGUUGAGUCAUAUGAGGAAAACUCCAUAGUGACUGGCGCACGCUUUGAAGUCAGAGACCAUGGCCUGAAGAAAGUUCUAUAUCUCAGACUUAAUUUUGCCAAAGUCAUCGGCAGAACCCAAGUUAAGACAGACUGGGACGGUUCUCCUGGCUUGACUCAUAAAUCCGGAAUGAUCUCUACCCUGCUCAGCACUCACUUCUCGUCUGCACAGAAACCGCCUCCUAGCCCUGCUGAUGUGCAUAUCAACUCUGCUUUAUACCCUAAUGGACCUCCUGUGCCUACACAAACACCAAAACUUUUGAGAUUUGUUGAUACAACUGAGAUAACCAGAGGACCACAGGAUUCACCAGGUUACUGGGUUGUGUCUGGUGCAAGGCUUUUAGUGGAGAAUGGUAAAAUAUCACUUAAAGUGAAGUACUCUCUUAUAACUGUGAUUCCACCUGAUGAAGAGGGUGCAAGCUUUUGAAAAUUUUACACAAUGAGACACAGAUGGUUGUUGUAUGUAUAUAAGUGUCUGAUUCUAUUCCAUUGUACAUUUAAAAAUUUGAAGUGUUCAUUAUAGGUUUUUGCUUGAUAUUUCUCAUUGUCAUUAUUUGUAUUUUUACAAUGCAGAUCUUGUGCGCUUCCUUAAUGUAAUUAUGGCCUACUCAUCUU